AUGAAGGCCGCCUUUUUCGCCACUUUUCUCUUGGCCUUUGGCGUUUCCGCCAUGCCCGAGCCCGACAAUGUGGUGAUCACCGAAGGUGAAUUUACCUACACGGGUAUCGACAAAGGAAUCUUGACCAAGCGCCACCUCGAAGCUCGUUGCGACUGUUUCCCAUGCUACUCGCCCCAUGCGGACUGUUCGCCUGGAAAAUGUCAGUGUGCUGGUGCCUAUGGCUGCUGGUCAUGCAAUGGGGGCCGGACCCAGUGCCAGCCCGGACCUGGUUCUGGACAGUGCUGGACUUAA